AGCCAGCCUCUCGGCUCAAGGCGCAGUGCCCAGCCUCACAUCAAGCUAGCCUCAAUAAAGCUUCCGUCGCAGGACCAUGGUGCCCGCCCUUGCCCGGGUCGUGCUCGCCCUCCUCGCGGCCCCCGCCGCCGCGGCCUCCGCCCGCCCGCGCGGCCGCGAGGCGGGCUCCCUGCUGCAGACCUGGAGCGCGGUCCUCGACGCGGGCGGGGAGACGCCUUUGGCGAAGGUCGUCGGCCUGCUGAAGAGCAUGCAAGAGACGCUAGAGAAGGAGAUGGACGAGGAUCAGAAGCUGUACGAGAAGCUGAAGUGCUGGUGCGAGACCAACGACUGGGAGAAGGGGAACGCUAUUGAGGACAACAAGGCGAAGAUCGAACAGCUCACUGCCGACAUCGAGUCACUUUCGGCCAAGAAGGAGGAACUCAUAGCCACCAUCAAGGAGGUGCAGGAGAAGACGGCGGCGAACAAGCAGUCGCUCGCGGAGGCCCAGGCGAUCCGCGACAAGCAGCUGAAGGAGUUCCACGCGAUGGAGCUGGACAGCAUCCAGGCCCUCGAGCAGAUGAAGGCCGCCCUCACCAUCCUCGGCAAGCACCACGGCGAGGGCGUCUUCCAGCAGUUCUCGCCGCUCUCGCUGCUGUCCGUGGGCGGCAGGGACGAGCCCUGGACCGCGGCGCACGACAGGGCCACGGUCGGGCGCGCGCUGGACGAGUUCAUGCGCCGGAACGACUUCGGCCUGUCCCAGGUCGGCGAGCGCGCCGUGCCCAGCGGACAGCUGCGCAAGCAGGACACCCUCGCUGCCGACGGGGUCCAGGCCACAGGAGGCUGGAGUGCGGACGAGGCCGCCGUCGUCCGGAGGGCGCUCAAGGCCGGCUCCGCUUUCGUGCAGUCGCACCACGAGCAGAGCUACUACCCGUCUUACACGGCCCAGAGCGGAGAGAUCGUUGGCAUCCUGAAGCAGCUCAAGGACGAGAUGGAGGCGGAUCUCGGCGAGUCGCAGAAGCAGGAGUCCAUGCGCUCGGAGGAGUUCCAGAUCCUGCGCAACGCUAAGACCGCCGAGAUCGAGGCGGGGGAGAAGAUGGAGGAGCAGAAGGAGGACGAGCUGGCCAAGACCGCGAACGAGCUGGCCGAGGCCAAGGAAGACCUGGGCCAGGAGCAGGCCAUCCUGGCAAACAACGAGGCCUUCCUGAAGAACGUGAAGGUGACGUGCGCGGACGCGGACAAGAACUGGGAGGAGCGCAAGGCGGCGCGCCAGGCGGAGAUUGUUGCCGUGACGGAGACGAUCGGGAUCCUGACCGAGGACGAGGCCAAGGACGCGGCCGCGGGCACGUACAGCCUGCUGCAGCGGGGCUCUGCCCGCAGGGCCGCCGCGGAGAGCUCCGAGGUGCAGCACCGCCGCCGCGAGGCGGCCCGGGCGCUGCGCGAGGUGGCCGCGAAGACGCACAGCCCGGAGCUGUCGAUGCUGGCGAACACCGUCGAGCUGGACGCCUUUGCGAAGGUCAAGAAGGCGAUCGACGACAUGAUCGUGAUGCUGAAGAAGCAGAUGGAGGACGAGGUCAAGAAGAACGACUGGUGCAAGGCGGAGUUCAAGGAGAACGAGAUGUCCACCAUGAAGACGGAGGACCUCAAGGCCGACCUCGCGGCCCACAUCGCGGAGCUGGAGAACACUAUUAAGACCCUGGAGCAGGAGAUCGCCGCGCACCGGAAGGAGCUCGAGCGGGCGCAGGCGGAGCUGCAGGGCGCCGGCCUGUCUCGGAAGGCCGAGAACCUCGACUACCAGACGACGGUCGCGGACCAGACCGCCACCAUCGCCGUCCUGAAGAAGGCCCUGACGCGCCUGUCCAAGUACUACGCCUCCGAGGCCCUGCUCCAGCGCCGCGCGGGCAGGGAGGACCCCGCCCCGGGCUCCGUGGCGCCGGUGGCGCAGAUGACCUACAAGGCCAGCGAGGGCGCCUCGGGGGUCAUGCAGAUGCUCGAGAAGCUGAUCGUGGAGGCCAAGGCGCUCAUGGCCGAGUCCAAGAAGUCCGAGAGCGAGGCCCAGAAGGCCUAUGAGACCGUCAUCGCCGACACCAACGCGGCGGUCGUCGCGCUGCAGAAGCAGAUCACCACCAAGACCAAGGUCAAGGCCAAGACGACGAAGGAGAAGCAGCGGACCGAGGAGGACCUCGCCGCGGCGGUUAGCGAGCUGGAGGGCCUGAACAAGUACAAGGCCGACCUGCAUGCCGAGUGCGACUUCUCGCUCCACAACUUCGACACCCGGCAGGACUCGCGCGGGCAGGAGAUCGAGGCCCUGCAGCAGGCCAAGCAGAUCCUCAACGGCGCCUCCCUGAGCUGAGCGGGGCCUUCCGCGCGGGGCAGCCGCGGCGGCGCAGCUGCGCGCUCCCCGUCACGACGUCGCGGCAGGGCUUCUCCGCAUGUCGGACGCGGAGCCACUCGGGAAGGACUGAAAAGGAAUCGAAGCAGUAUAUGUCUUAUGUUGAUGACGCUUCCCUAUACCGAUCCUCCUUUGUACCCGGCAGUUGCCGCGCGCCUUAGUAUUGCAAUGACUCGCGUGAUAAAUUGACGCAUGCGUUGUUGUACCUCCUGUGUGCGUUCGCUCCCGUUCUUUCCAAUCGCUAGUUUCAUCGUCGCUAUGAUCUGGGCUACAGUGAUCCUGGAUCCUGCGCUUCACCGCAGGCAGUCCGCACUGAGGGUCGGGGCGGAGGCCCCCUUGCCCCCCGUUUUCGUGCUCGGCUGGCUCUGCGAUGCGCGUGCCCCGAG